AUGAAUUUGUAGGGAUAUUGUGUGAGGACUGUUACUGUGUUUUGUGCAUUGGUCCUUAUUCAGCAGCUGAACAGGCGCAGCAUUCAUAGAGAGAGAGAGAGUGAGUACUGGGUGGGUGGGAGAGAGACAUUCCUGGGAAUGAUGUCAAGGAUCCUGCGGAAGGGAAUUCACUUCCCUGGAAGUACGUGCUUGAGGAAAAGUUGAGCACUUUUGGACACGGCCGGGAGUGAGGUCAGAGAGAAGGGGGACGGACAUGAUUUGCAAGUGACAAGGAGGGAGCACCUUGUGACAGGGCAGUGCUGACAGCUGGGCUAAGGUGCAAGACUUAAUCCCCAGAUUCACACUCCAAACACUGGAGGAGAGGGGGUGUGAGACACAGAGAGAAAAGACAGGAGCGGCCUGAAAGCAGCCGAUUUGGAGAUCACAGGACCUACUGGGGAAGUGCAGUCGGUGUGAAGCUCUGCUCUCCACCUCCUCCUCCUCCUCCAACAGCCUUGGAUCUCUGCUAGAGAACAGGAGCUGUGCCCCCUCCCCUCUUCAAGAGUUGUCCCUGUUCCUCCAAACAUGCUGGGCUGAUAUAGGGAUGGCAUCGGCUGUGUUUGAAGGGACCUCUUUGGUCAACAUGUUCGUGAAGGAUUGCUGGGUGAACGGAGUGAGGAAACUCAUCGUCAAUCGGAGAGAAGAGGACUUUUUCGAGAUCAGGACGGAGUGGUCAGACCGGAACGUCCUGUACUUACACAGGAGCUACAGCGACUUGGCCAAGGUCUUUAAGAGGUUAAUCGAUGCUUUCCCCGAAGAUAAGGCGGAACUCUCCCGGUCCCCUCUCGUCCAAGGAUUAGUGGCAGUGAAGGAAGCCCAUGACAUAGAAGCAAGACUGAAUGAAAUUGAGAAAGUUCUGAAGAUUAUAAUUCACCUGCCCUGUAAAUAUUCCAGGUCAGAAGUUGUACUCACCUUUUUUGAAAGAUCGUCAAUAGACCAAGUAUUAAAAAAUGAUGCCAUCCAAAAAGUUCAGAUGACUUUCCAAAGUCCUGUCAAAAUAUCAGAAAUUAUGCGUUCAAAUGGGUUUUGCUUAGCGAACACGGAAACUAUAGUCUUUGACCACAAUAUUCCAAAUGGCAAAGACCAGCAUAUAGCAGCAGAUUCCACAGAAAACCUAUUUGAAAAUGGAAGUGAGUUUCCUGAAGAAGCCGAGAACAAUGAUCCCAGCGCCUAUGUUACAAACUUAUCAUACUAUCAGCUAGUUCCUUUUGAAACAGAUAUCUUGGAGUGACUCUAGCAUGGGACAUAUUUAAACAGAGGUUCGUUUUUUUUACCCCAAGUCCCAUUCUUUCUACCCACUCGUUUCCACAGCCAAGCCUCAACUGGAGCAUGACUGUUCACCUUGGACACCUUUCAGCUGGCUGCUCCAAUUGAUGAAGGGUAUUUGAACACAAUAACCGUCCUAUUUCAGUCUCUCACUUAAAUGUUUACAGAAGAUGAAACAAGUGACAUGCGAACAGCUGCUUUGACAAUGAAUCCCAUGAACUCUGGCUAAUUCUCAGGAUACCAGAAAUCCACAUAACCAAGUUAACUAUCUCCAAGUGAAGGAGAUAGUUCCUUCAUUUUCAAAAAAAAAAUUAAUAAUCGGGAAGCAAGUAGUCUUAAAAUGGGCCAUCUUGAAAAGGCAAGUCAGACCCUAUCCUAUCAAAGGAGAACUGGUAGAGAAUUGUCCUAAGCCACAAUACAAACUUUUGUGGAUGUGUUUUCCCGUUUGUAUCUGGGAAGGAUUCUAAGUUAGCAGGCAGGCCUGGAACAUCUGCAAGAUUGGUUUCCUUUCCUGAUGGAAAAGUAAAUGAGAAAAAGUAAUUAUCUCAACUCAAGGGUGACUUCAGCAUCUGGAUGGAUCUCUCAUCAUGACCUCUGCCAUUCUGUCAACACACUCUAUUAAAGCUUUUGUUGCAAAGUCAACACAAAAACACCAAUCAGUAUUCACGCAGGCAGCACCAGCAACUAAUAGGAAUCAAGGACUGGAGCUAUUGAUUGUUUUGAUAAGGAACCCCGAGCUAAGAUGCUGUGUCUGCACCAUGCUGCUUCUCCAUGGAGUGCACCAUCACAGGUUCUAUUGUACAAGCGUCUCUUCAACAAAUAUGUACUAACUUACUAUUUUUGGCUUAUGUAAAUAGUAAAUUAUUAAAGUCUAGAUUGUUUUAUACAGUGUAUCUUCAAAUGUAUUUUAUCGGAAGCAGUAUUAAUCAAUUAAAUGGUAUUUUAAUCAGUGUA